AUGUCGAUCCCCCUAAUUACCUGGGAGGCCCCCGAGCCCCAGGGGGCCCCCCCUGACCUUGGAGAUGCAGCAGCAACUCCGCUGCUGCAGCUGUCUUUGGAGGAAAUGAUAGACAGAGAGAAGAACAGCCGCAGCCAGCAGCAGCAGCAGCAGCGGCGGCAGAAGCAGCAGCAGCAGCAGCAGCAGCGGCAGCAGCAGCAGCAGCAGCGGCAGCAGCAGCAGCCCGCGCCCCAGCAGCAGCUGCAGCAGCACCGGCGGCAGGUGCUCCUGCGGCCGAGCCCCUCUGCUGCUGCUGCUGCUGCUGCUGCUGCUGCUGCUGCUGCUGCUGCUGCUGACGCAGGCGGCCGCUGGCUGCAGCUGCUGCGCGCCGUCUGCGUCGAGGCCCUUCACAUUCCAGAUGUUGGCUGGGAGUCCUUCAGGCUGGUGCAGCAAAACGAACGCCCAAUGCCUUGCUGCUUGUUUCUGGUCUGCGGAGGGCUGCUGUCUGCUGCUGAAGUUUUGCGUUUCUUUUUGCCCUUUAAUGUCAAAGAAGUGAGUUACUUAAGUGCUGCGGAGCCUGCUGCUGCUGCUGCAGCAGCAGCAGCAGCAGCAGCAGCAGCAGCGGGGGAGGAGGCGCCGGUGGAGUGCUGCUGCGUGGCCUUUCCCUCCGCUGCUGCUGCUGCUUCCGCGCUGCAGCAGCGCAGCACGAGCUGCUGCGAGCUGCUGGAGAGGCACCAGGAGCAGCUGCUGCUGCAGCAGCAGCAGCUGCAGGAGCUGCUCGAGGGCGGCGCCGAGGAGGGAGAGCUGCAGCAGCAGCAGCAGCAGCAGCAGCAGCAGCAGCAGCUCCAGACCAUCCAAGAACAAAUCAGUAACCUCAAGCAGCUGCAUGCAAAUGCAGCACAAGAUGCAGACAUCAAUUUGUGUCUCCAGCAGCUAAACAAGACGGCGCCGAUCCCGAGCAGCAAAGACGGGAAGUCUUACCAGCUGCUGCUGCGGCCUGCUGUUGCUGCUGACGCGCCUGCUGCUUCUCCAGCAGCAGCAGCAGACCCUUCUCGAGUCAACCAGCUGCGGCCAAGCCUCAACUUUACAAUGGCAGCAGCAGCAGCUGCUGCUGCUGCUGCUGCUGGCGGUGGCGCUGCUGCUGCUGCUGAAGCUGGGGUCCCUUUGGGCCUACCCGGCGAAACAGCAGGAUUAGAGGAAGCAGCUCUGCUGCGGGAGACAGUUGCUGUUCAGGCAAGCUAUCUGCUGCUGCUGCUGCUGCCGCUGCUGCUGCUGUGCUGCUGCUACUGUUGUUGCUGCUGCUGCUGCUGUAGUUGCUGCUGCUGCCACUACUACUAG